AUGAUUUAUGCCAACCUAACAAGCAAAAGGCCUUCUAGAGUUUCAUGCUUUGAACAGGUACUGGUCAAUUACAAUACAUGGCCUCCAUUUCUUCAACUUCAUCAGCCUGCCAUCUUAUCUGACCAUAAUCGAAGACUUUCACUAAUUGGAUUGAUCAAUAUGUCAGUGAAAUAUUUUCCUGAAAAAUGCUGGGAAUUGGUCUUUAGAUUCCUUGGUCAAGGACAUGAUUUGGAGUCUGUUUCUAUGGCCUGCAAGAAGUUCAUUCCCAUUACAAACCGGGUUAAAUUUUCUCUAACACUACAUGAUCGAACAGUUCUAUUCCUUCCUCGGCUACUCUCGAGGUUUUUAUGGCUCAAAGUCAUAGACCUCAGUUACUUCAAUGGUGAACUAAAAGGCUUGCUUCAUCAAAUUUCACAAUCUGAGUUAGACCUUGAUUUGGUUAAUCUUUCCAACCAAAGAACACUUCCUAUUGAUGAGUUGCGAGAACUUGGUUCAAAGAUGGUAAAUUUGAAGGCUUUGAUUUGCUCAAACAUUGGUUAUUUGCAUGAUAGUCAUCUAGUAUUGAUAGCUUAUUGUUUCCCAUUUCUUGAAGAGCUUGACAUUAGCUUUCCAUUGGAUUCUCAAGCAUCCGAUUUCGGGAUAGUACGACUAUCUUCCAUGCUUGAGAAUAUACGCAAGAUCGAUCUUUCCGGUAAUCACUUGAUCACUGAUAAAUCACUUAUGUCUCUAUGCCAGAACUGCAGAUCAAUGGAAGAAAUUUCAUUCUUCAAAUGUUUUAAGAUGUCCCAAAUUGGCAUUGUUUCCGCAAUCCGAAUGAGACCAGGUUUGGCUUCCAUUUCUUUUAACAUUGAAAAGAAAAGAAUACAUGGUCCUGGUUUGACACCCCUACACAUUAACUUGGAUUUGAUUGAUUCAUUAACAACCUUGAAAAGAUUAAACACAAUUGAUUUGUCAAACUCUUUUAUCUCGGACGAGUUUCUUAUAUCAGUUGCAGAUGGUUCGAGCGUGUUUCUUAAGAAGCUUGUUCUCCAAGACUGUUGCAACUUUACAUUUUCAGGAAUCUUUUAUGUGUUAUCCAAAUGUCAAUAUGUCCAAUGCUUAGAUCUUCGAAAAGCCGACUUUCUAACCGAUGAAUCUAUCAGCAAGUUAUCUACAUUUCUUCUUAACUUGACAUCUAUAGACCUUGGUGGUUGUUGUCAGCUGACGAAUUCAACCUUUUUCAUACUCACAAGAAACUGUCCUUUUCUCAGCGAUAUCAAAAUGGAGAGAACAUAUAUUGGAGUACAAGGCGAGGAAGAUUCCAAUUCCAUGUUUAAUUUUGCUAUCAACCAUCAAGUGAAAACAGUUUAUUUGGGUGAUAAUAUUUUACUCAAAGAUGCAAGUUUAAUAAAAUUUUCUUUCAUUUGUCCAAGUUUACAACUUCUUGACUUAAAUGCUUGUGAGGGUAUAUCUGGAGAAUCCCUUGUUGAGGUUAUGAAGAGAUGCUGUGAGAUAAGGCAUUUAAACCUUGCCAAUACAAUAAUUAAAAGGUUUGAGAUAAACUUUGAAGUUUCAAAAUUGGGGAUGUUGAAUUUGUCAGGGUCAAGAAUUGAAGAUGAAGCACUCUCAAUAAUCUCAAAGUGGUGCAGCGGACUAUUGCUUCUAGAUAUCCAAAAUUGUUAUGUUACGGCUAAGGGGGUGAGAGAAGUAAUAGAAAAUUGUAGAGCAUUGAAAGAGGUAAAUUUAAAGAACUGUAGUUUGGUUGAUGAUGAUUUUGUUUCUGAGCUAAAAACCUUUACAAGGUCAUCAUUGAGAAAAAUAAUCACACCUUAUGGUGUCGGUGUUUAUUAUUGA